AGCGGAGGUGUGCAUGUGUCGUGGAGCAGCAGGAGCAGCUCUGCACCGUUUUGCGCACUGGUUCCAUCUGACGCCACCGAAUAACGGCGCUCCACACACGGGAGCUGUCGGAAAGGGGAGACUGGACCCGGAGCAGGAGCAGCACCAGGAGCAGGAGAGGGAGAAGCACCGCGACUCUCUACAGCCCGCUCUCCGAAACCAUGUCCGAGUUGCUGCUACUCGCCUUGCUGGCCCUUUUCUCGGGAUUAUUUCCGUGCGCCGAGCUGACGGCGGUGUCGGAUGAGCAUAAAGAAGCCAUCUUGUGUGAUGUCAGCGAGUUUCAUUGUCAUGACUGGGAAACCUGUGUCCCAGAGGCCUGGCUCUGUGAUGGCGAGCCCGACUGCCCCGAUGCUUCAGAUGAAAUGGACGAAAGUUGUGCACAUGAGAUGGUGAUCAGAUGUCCCCUGAAUCACAUACAGUGCAUUGGAACAAAAAAGUGUAUUCAUUUCAAUAAACUCUGCAAUGGAGCAAGAGACUGUGAUGAUGGAUAUGAUGAAGGGGUGCACUGUCGAGAGCUCUUGUCAGCUUGCCAUGAACUUCGGUGCCGCUAUGGCUGCGUCAUGACGAGGAACGGCACCUUCUGUUUCUGUGCUGACGGUUUUGAGGUCGGCGACGACGGCACAAGUUGCAGAGAUCAUGAUGAAUGUGCUGUGUACGGCGCAUGCAGCCAAACCUGCACGAACACCUACGGGUCGUACAGAUGCAGCUGCACGGAAGGAUACAUCCUGCAACCUGACAGGAUAUCUUGCAAAGCCAAACAAGAGCCUGGAGACAGCCGUCCAGGACUUCUGAUGGGCAGCUCAGAUCGUAUCAUCAGCACCAAUCUAAAUGGAUCAGGUCUUCAGCCCCUCAGAUCUCUGGGAGUAAAUGGAACAUUGGCAUUGGAUUUCUGGUACACCCAAGAAAGUGUUUGCUGGGUUCUGUCAACAGAGUCCUCUGGGCAACUUCGCUGUGCUGAAACAAAGAAUCUACGUGGAUUAAUGCGGGAAAAGGAGAUAAAAACACAACAAAAUUUACAAAAUGUUGAACAGAUGGCCAUUGACUGGCUGACAGGAAACUUCUAUUUUGUUGACCGAGUUGCUGACAAAAUAUUUGUCUGUAACCAUGGUGGGGAUACGUGUGUUACCAUCUUACAACUGGACCUGCUCAAUCCUAAAGGAAUAGCUUUGGAUCCUCUCAUGGGAAUGAUCUUCUUCACUGACUACGGGAAUGUGGCCAAGGUGGAGCGCUGCAACAUGGAUGGCACCAACCGAACCCGUCUGGUGGAUUAUAAAAUUGAGCAGCCCACUGCUGUGGCAUUGGAUGUGGUAAAGAAGCUGGUGUACUGGGCAGAUGCCUACAUGGAUUACAUUGAUGUGGUGGAUUACAACGGCAAGAACAGACACAGCAUUAUCCACGGGAGUCAAGUAUCCUACAUUUAUGCAUUAGCUGUGUUUGAGAACUACCUCUAUGCUACCCACUCCGACGGUUACAAAGGGACUUCCGUUGUGGAGCUGCUGCAAAUCCACAGGUUCAACAUUACAGCAGAGAGCAGGAUAUUAGCCUCGCUGGGGAAUUGUAAAAGAGUCCAUGUUUACCACAAACUCACUCAGCCAAAAGUCAGAAGUCAUGCAUGUGGGGUGGAUGCCUAUGGAAAACCAGGAGGCUGUUCACACAUCUGCCUUCUGAGUGGCAGCUACAAGUCCAGAACCUGCCGUUGUCGUACUGGAUACAGCCUGGGCUUUGACGGACAGACAUGUAAAAAGCCCAAGAACGAUCUGUUCCUGUUCUAUGGCAAGGGGCGUCCUGGGGUCAUCCGAGGCUUGGAUAUGAACAUCAAAUCCAGUGAUGAACACAUAGUGCCAAUCGAGGACCUGGUUAACCCUCGAGCUAUUGACUACCAUGCAGAACUGGGCCACAUCUACUUCGCUGACACCACCAGUUUCCUCAUUGGACGGCAAAAAAUAGAUGGAACCAACAGAGAGACAAUCCUCAAAGAUGAACUUGACAAUGUUGAAGGAAUUUCAGUGGACUGGAUUGGAAAUAACUUGUAUUGGACCAAUGAUGGCUACAGGAAGACGAUCAGCGUAGCCAGGCUGGAGAACUCCUCUCAGACCAGAAAGACUCUGCUGGAAGGGAAUAUGUCACACCCACGGGCCAUUGUGGUGGAUCCUCUCAACAGUUGGAUGUACUGGACAGACUGGGAGGAGGAUGAAGUGAAUGACAGCAUAGGUCGGAUAGAAAAAGCCUGGAUGGAUGGAUCCAAUCGUCACAUUUUUGUCACUUCCAACAUGUUGUGGCCCAAUGGUUUGACACUAGACCACAGCACCAGCACCAUGUACUGGUGCGAUGCUUACUACGAUCACAUCGAGAAGAUUCUCCUCAAUGGAACUGGUAGAAUGGUGGUGUACAAUGGGAAAGAGCUGAACCAUCCAUUUGGUAUCUCUCACUACAAUAAUUUCAUCUUUUGGACAGAGUACAUGAAUGCUUCAGUCUUCCAGUUGGACUUGUCCACUGGUGACAUCACGCUGCUACGGAGCGAGAGACCACCACUUUUUGGCCUGCGUGUCUAUGAUGCACAGAGUCAGCAAGGUGACAAUGCAUGCAGGGUGAAUUAUGGGGGCUGCGGUACCCUCUGCCUUGCCAUCCCAGGAGGCAGAGUCUGUGCCUGCGCUGACAACCAGUUUCUGGAGAAGAACAAUGUCACCUGUGCAGAACACUCCACUGGUAGUUCAGAGCCACAGCGAUGUAAAAGCGAUGAGUUCCAGUGCCGCAAUCAUCGCUGCAUACGGGCCUUGUGGAAGUGCGAUGGAGACGAUGACUGUCUGGACAGAAGUGAUGAGGAGACCCACAUCUGCUACAACCAUACUUGUCCCAUUGACCAGUUCAAGUGCAGCAACAAUCGGUGUAUUCCAAAAAGAUGGCUGUGUGAUGGAACAAACGACUGCGGUAACAAUGAAGAUGAGGCCAACACUACAUGCUCGGCUCAGCCUUGUCAGGCUAUGCAGUUCUCCUGCAGGAACGGACGCUGCAUACCCCGAGCCUGGAUCUGUGACCGUGAGGAUGACUGUGGAGAUAUGUCUGAUGAAAUAUCAUGUGUAUUCCCUACUUGUGAGCCCCUGACUCAGUUUAGCUGUUCCAGUGGGCGAUGCAUCAGUGCAAAGUGGCAUUGUGAUUCAGAGGAUGAUUGUGGAGAUGGCAGUGAUGAAACAAGCUGUAUCCAGUCCUGCUCCAACAGCCAGUUCCAGUGCACCAGCGGCCGUUGUAUCCCAGAUCACUGGACCUGUGAUGGUGACAAUGACUGCGGAGACUUCAGCGAUGAGAGCACAACCUGCAGAGGUGGAUCGGCAUUGCUGCCCUCAGUGAUUGAGUGCAGUGGAGAGGAGUUCCACUGUGUCACAGAUGGAACCUGCAUCCCAGAACGAUGGAGAUGUGACGGAGACAAGGACUGUGAAGAUGGGAGUGAUGAGAAAGGCUGUGAGGGCACCAAAAGAAUGUGUGACCCCAAGGCCAAAUUCACCUGCAAAGACACAGGCAAGUGUAUCACAAAGAGCUGGGUGUGCGAUGGGGACAUUGACUGUGAGGACCGUUCUGAUGAAGAGUCCUGUGAAUCUGCUGUUUGUAAGCCGCCCAAGUACCAUUGUGCCAAUGAUACUUCUGUGUGCCUCACACCCGACAAGAUUUGCAACAGCAAGGUGGACUGUGCUGACCGUUCAGAUGAAGGACCAAUCUGUGACAUGUGUCUUGUAGUCAGAGGAGGCUGUAGCCACCAGUGCACUGUGGCACCAGGGAAAGGAGUUGUGUGUUCUUGCCCUCCUGGCCUUCACCUGGACUCCAGUAACAAGACUUGCGAAGUGAUGGACUACUGCAGCCACCACUUGAAGUGCAGCCAGGUGUGCGAGCAGUACAAGACCACGGUGAAGUGUUCCUGUUAUCCAGGCUGGACGCUUGACCCUGACGGAGACAGCUGUCACAGCACAGAUCCAUUUGAGGCCUUCAUCAUUUUCUCUAUCCGGCAUGAGAUAAGACGAAUAGACCUUCACAAACGGGAUUACAACCUGCUGGUACCUGGCCUGAGGAACACCAUAGCACUGGACUUUCACUUUAAUCGCAGCCUACUUUACUGGACAGAUGUGGUGGAGGAUAAGAUCUACAGGGGAAAGCUCUCUGAGACUGGCGGGGUGACAGGGAUCGAAGUGGUUGUGCAGCAUGGGUUGGCUACUCCAGAGGGCCUGGCUGUAGACUGGAUUACAGGGAAACUGUACUGGAUUGACAGCAAUCUAGACCAGAUUGAAGUGGCGAAACUCAACGGAGACAUGCGUACCACACUGAUUGCCGGAGGCAUGGAGCACCCACGGGCCAUCGCUCUCGACCCAGGGCAAGGGAUCCUUUUCUGGACUGACUGGGAUGCCACGUUUCCACGUAUUGAGGCUGCAUCGAUGAGUGGAGGAGGUAGACACAUUGUGUUUAAGGAUAUGGAGAUAGGAGCAUGGCCUAAUGGUCUGACACUGGAUCAUCUGGAAAAGAGGAUUAUUUGGACAGAUGCACGAUCUGAUGCCAUUUUCUCUGCACUCUAUGACGGUAGUGGAGUCAUUGAAAUCCUCCGGGGUCAUGAAUACCUUUCCCAUCCCUUUGCCGUGUCUCUCUUUGGUGGGAAUGUCUACUGGACAGACUGGAGGACAAACACAUUAGCCAGAGCCAACAAGUGGACUGGGCAGAAUGUAACAGUCAUUCAGAAGACAAGUGCUCAACCUUUUGAUCUACAGGUCUUCCACCCCAGCAGGCAACCACAAGCUUCUAACCCAUGUGAAGAGAAUGAUGGACGUGGUCCCUGUUCACAUCUGUGUCUCAUCAAUUACAACCACACAGCAUCCUGCACCUGUCCACACCUCAUGAAGCUUUCACCCAACAAACAGUCCUGCUUUGCAUUGAAAAAGUUCCUCCUGUACGUGCGGCGGUCUGAAAUCCGGGGUGUGGACAUCGACAACCCUUACAUGAAUGUCAUGACGGCAUUAACAGUACCAGAUAUUGAUGAUGUCACUGUGGUGGACUAUGAUGCUCAGGAGGAGAGGAUCUACUGGGCUGAUAUCAAAACCCAAACCAUAAAACGGGCCUUCAUCAACGGAACACAGAUAGAGACCAUCAUCUUUGGAGACAUAGUGAACUGCCGUGGGCUGGCUUUAGACUGGCUUUCCAGGAACUUAUACUGGCUCAGCUCUGAAAAUGAUGAGUCGCAAAUCAAUGUGGCUCGCUUUGAUGGGUCCCUGAAGACCUCCAUCAUCCACGGGAUUGAUAAACCAAGGUGCCUUGUAGUGCACCCUGCCAAAGGGAAGAUUUAUUGGACAGAUGGCAACACCAUCAACAUGGCCAACAUGGACGGGAGUAACAGCAAGGUCCUCCACCAGAACCAGAGGGAACCUGUAGGUCUGUCAAUUGACUACUCUGCCAGCAAGUUGUACUGGAUAAGCUCGGCCAACGGCACUAUCAACAGGUGCAAUCUGGAUGGCACAAGUCUGGAAGUACUGGAGACUCUAAAGAGGAACUUUUCCAAAGGCACAGCUCUUGCUGUGAUGGGUAACAAAUUGUGGUGGGCAGAUGAUGACUCUGCACAGGUGGGAACAGUUAACAAGAGAGAUGGGCGAAACCCUGUGACUCUACGGAACAAGACCAAUGGAGUGGUUCACAUGAAGGUGUACGACAGGGAGGGUCAGAGAGGAAGAAACCCGUGCCAGACAAAUAAUGGAGGAUGCUCACAGCUUUGCUUCCCCACUUCUGAGAACAGUCGUAGCUGCUCCUGUACCGUCGGCUACAAUUUACGCAGUGACCGCAUGUCCUGUGAGGGUGUGGAUUCAUUCCUGAUGUAUUCCAUCCAUGAGGGAAUCAGAGGAUUUGCGCUUGAUCCAAAUGACAACACAGAAGCACUUAUGCCCAUCACAGGAACACUGUUUGCGGUGGGAGUUGACUUUCACGCAGGUAAUGACACUGUAUACUGGACAGACAUGGGCCUGAACAGAAUUUCCAGAGCCAAGCGUGAUCAGACCUGGAGAGAGGACAUCAUUACCACCGGCAUCAGCAGAGUUGAAGGCAUUGCUGUUGACUGGAUUGCUGGAAACCUAUACUGGACAGAUCAUGGCUUCAGCCUGAUAGAAAUAUCCCGUCUAAAUGGUGCAUACCGCUCAGUGGUAAUAUCUGAAGGACUUGACCAGCCCAGGGCCAUUGGUGUGCACCCACAGAAGGGGUAUCUUUUCUGGACUGAGUGGGGCCAGAGUCCAUGCAUAGGCCGCUCUCGCCUAGAUGGUUCAGACCAGGUUACCUUGGUCAACUCUGGCAUUAUGUGGCCCAAUGGAAUAUCGAUAGACUACGAGGAAAAUAGAUUAUACUGGUGUGAUGCCCGCACAGACAAGAUCGAGAGGAUCAACCUUGAGACGGGUGAGAACCGGGAGAUUAUACUGUCAGCGGCCAACGUAGACCUGUUCUCAGUAGCUGUGUUUGGGCCUUACAUCUACUGGUCUGACAGGGCCCACUCCAAUGGCUCAAUCAGACGUGGCUUCAAAACUGACACCAGUGAGGUUGUAACAAUGAGGAGUGGCUUGGGGGUCAAUUUGAAGGAUGUGACUGUCUUUAAUAGAGGCCGAGAGAAAGGCACCAACCCUUGUGCAAGGAGUAAUGGUGGCUGCCAGCAGCUGUGCUUCCACUUGGGUAGCGGCCGUCGAACCUGCUCCUGUGCCCAUGGUCGCUUGUCAGAUGAUGGAUUUGCCUGUAAACGCUAUGAAGGAUAUCUACUCUACUCUGAGAGGACCAUACUAAAAAGCAUUCACCUUUCAGAUGAGAAUGACCUGAACUCACCUAUCCAGCCUUUUGAAAAUCCAGCCUUAUUCAAGAACAUCAUUGCGCUGGCAUUUGACUAUAGCCAAAAGACAUCUGGGACCAAUCGCAUCUUUUUCAGUGAUGUCCAUUUUGGAAAUAUCCAGGUGAUUAAUGAUGACUGGACGGGAAGAUCUAUCAUUGCAGAAAAUGUGGGUUCAGUGGAGGGUCUGGCAUACCAUCGGUCCUGGGACAUCUUGUACUGGACCAGCUCCACUACCUCCUCUAUCUCCAGGCAGAGUGUAGACCAGAAACGUGCCAGUGUGAUCAGCAGACAGGCUGUGGUCUUGCUUUCAGAGGAGGACCACCCACACGUCUUGGCUCUGGAUGAAUGCCAAAACCUGAUGUUUUGGUCCAACUGGAAUGAGCAGAGACCCAGCAUCAUGAGAUCGACUUUAGCCGGCAAGAACAUGAAGAUUAUCAUCAGCUCUGAUAUCUUGACUCCCAAUGGACUAACAAUUGACCACAAAGCAGAGAAGCUCUACUUCUCAGAUGGAAGCCUUGGCAGGAUUGAGAGAUGUGACUAUGAUGGUUCUUACAGAUAUGUCAUCGUUAAAUCAGGCCCUGGGAAUUUUUUUGGACUUGCCAUCUAUGGAGAUUUUAUCUACUGGUCAGACUGGGCCCGCAGGUCUGUGCUGCGAUCAUACAAGUACACAGGUGGAGACACCAAGGUACUUCGAGCAGAUAUGUCUCAUCAACCAAUGGGAAUCAUUGCUGUGGCCAGCGACACAAACAAUUGUGAGCUGUCGCCAUGCCGACCCAUGAAUGGAGGCUGUGGUGACCUUUGUCUUCUGACCCCUUAUGGGAGGGUCAACUGCUCCUGCCGUGGAGAACGAGUGCUGUUAGAUGACAACAGAUGUGUGUCAGAAAACUCUUCCUGCAACAUCCACACUGAAUUUGAGUGUGGUAACGGCGAGUGCAUUAGCUACCAACUAACAUGUGAUGGAAUAGCCCACUGCAAAGACAAGUCAGAUGAAAAGAUGCAAUACUGUGAUAACAGGAGCUGUCGAAGAGGUUUCAGGCCCUGCUACAACCAGCGCUGUGUGGCCAACAGUCGUUUCUGUGACGGGUUUGAUGACUGUGGGGACAACUCUGAUGAAUCCUUUUGUAGCAAUGUCACGUGCAGCUCAUCAGAACUGCCAUGCAAAGAUGGGAGCUGUGUACAGAGCUCAGCCUGGUGCAACCAGGUCAUUGACUGCGCCGAUGCCUCUGAUGAAAAACGCUGCAACCACACAGACUGCUCUCAUUUCUACAAGCUGGGAGUGAAGGAAAAAGAUUUUAUCAGCUGCAACUCCACCUCACUUUGCAUCCACCCCUCCUGGAUCUGUGAUGGUGCAAAUGACUGUGGAGACUACGCUGAUGAGACCAACUGUCAAGUUUCACAUGGGCAGAAAUGUGAGGAAGGACACUUUGCUUGUCCAAGUGGGAACUGUAUCUCCAGUGUGUGGCUGUGUGAUGGCCAAAAAGACUGUGAGGAUGGAGCGGAUGAAUUCCAGUGUGACUCAUCAUGCUUGUGGAACCAGUUUGCCUGCUCAAAGAACAAGUGCAUCGCCAAGCAGUGGCUAUGUGACGGUGAAAAUGACUGCGAGGACGGCCUUGAUGAGAGUGUGCAGAUCUGUGGCACAGUGACAUGUGCUCCAGGACUGUUCAGCUGCCCUGGCUCAUAUGCUUGUGUUCCCAAACGCUGGCUCUGUGAUGGUGAAAGAGAUUGCCCUGAUGGCAGUGAUGAACUUUCUGCAGCUGGUUGUGCACCCAACAACACCUGUGACGACAGCUCAUUCCACUGCCACAACAAAGUGUGCAUCGCCCGGCGGUUCGUCUGUGACCAUGAUGAUGACUGUGGAGAUGGAUCUGAUGAGUCAGUGGAAUGUGUGUAUCGCUUGUGCGGAUCAGAGGAGUUUCGCUGCAGGGACGGGCGCUGUCUUCUCAGCUCGCAGUGGGAGUGCGAUGGCUACGCUGACUGUCCCGACUACUCUGACGAACUACCGCUGAACCUCAAAUGUCUGGCUGCAGGAAGUCUCUGCAAUGGCUCUUUCUUCAUGUGCUCCAACGGACGCUGCAUUUCUAAGGGUAACCUCUGUGAUGGAAGAGAUGAUUGCGGAGACCGAUCUGAUGAGAUGAACUGCAAUGUGAAUGAAUGCCUGAAUCGCCGGGUCAGCGGGUGCACACAGGACUGUGAAGAUCUUCCUGUAGGAUAUAAGUGUAAAUGCUGGCCUGGAUUUCGUCUGAAGGAUGAUGGGAAGACUUGUGUGGAUAUAGAUGAGUGCUCCUCAACCCUCCCCUGCAGCCAGCAUUGCAUCAACACAUAUGGCUCUUACAAAUGUCUGUGCGUGGAUGGCUAUGAAUCACUGAUGCGAAAUCCCAAUACUUGUAAAGCUCUUUCAGUUGAGGAACCUUUUCUCAUUAUGGCAGACCACCAUGAAAUCAGAAAGCUCAGCGUUGAUGGCUCAAAUUACACCAUCUUGAAACAGGGUCUCAACAAUAUCAUCCACAUAGACUUUGACUACAAGAAAGAAUUUAUAUAUUGGGUGGAUUCAACCAGGCCAAGUGGACGCAAGAUCAACAGAAUGCGCCUCAAUGGGAGUGAUCUGAAGAUCGUCCACAGAACGGCUGUACCCAGUGCUUUAGCAGUGGAUUGGAUAGGGAAGAAUCUAUACUGGUGUGAUGUGGAGAGGAAGACACUGGAGGUUUCCAAAGCCAAUGGCCUCUACCCUACAGUCCUGAUCAGUUCAAGCCUCAAGAACCCCACAGAUCUAGCUCUCGACCCCCAGACAGGGUACGUCUUCUGGGUAGACUGUUGUGAACCUCCACACAUUGGGCGUAUUGGCAUGGAUGGCCGAGGGCAAACAGUUAUCAUUGACACAGAAAUCUACAGCCCCUCUGCUCUCACUAUUGAUUACACCAGCAAAAUGAUCUACUGGGCAGACGCAAACCACAUCUUGUUUGCCAACAUGGAUGGCACCCAAAGACACAAAGUGUCCUAUGAGCACAUCCAAGGAGUGAUGGCUCUGACUUUAUUUGAGGACUUUGUCUACUGGACGGAUGGGAAAUCCAAAUCACUUCGACGAGCUCACAAGACAACUGGGACACAAGGAAUGGAGCUGCUAAACUCCUGGCAGGCCAUCAAAUCUAUCAAGGUCUACCACUCCCUGCGUCAGCCUGAAGUGCCCAAGCAUCAGUGUCAGGUUGCAAAUGGAGGAUGCAGCCACCUGUGUCUUCUCUCCCCUGGUGGGGAACACAAGUGUGCCUGUCCUACUAAUUUUUACUUGGCUGCUGACAAUAAGACGUGCCUUUCGAACUGCACCUCCAGUCAGUUUCGCUGUGGGACAGAUGAGUGCAUCCCUUUCUGGUGGAAGUGUGACACUGUGGAUGACUGUGGGGAUGGAUCGGAUGAACCUGCUGACUGUCCGGAAUUCAAAUGCCAGCCUGGACGUUUUCAAUGUGGCACGGGACUUUGUGCUCUUCCUCCCUUUAUCUGUGAUGGAGAGAAUGACUGUGGGGACAAUUCCGAUGAAGCUAACUGCGAGACAUACAUCUGCUUGUCCGGCCAGUUCAAAUGUACCAGGAAACAGAAGUGCAUCCCUCUGAACCUGCGCUGCAAUGGUCAGGACGACUGCGGUGAUGGAGAAGAUGAGACAGAUUGUCCGGAAAGCACAUGCUCACCAGAACAGUUUCAGUGCAAGGCCUCCAUGCACUGCAUCUCCAAACUUUGGGUUUGUGAUGAGGACCCAGACUGUGCAGAUGGGUCAGAUGAGGCUAAUUGCGAUGAAAAGACCUGCGGACCUCAUGAAUUCCGUUGUGAGAAUAACAACUGCAUCCCAGACCACUGGAGGUGUGACAGCCAGAAUGACUGUGGAGACAACUCAGACGAGCAGAACUGCAAGCCAGUCACUUGUAACCACAAGGACUUUGCCUGUGCUAAUGGAGACUGCAUUUCCUCUCGAUUCCGCUGUGAUGGAGACUACGACUGUUUGGACAAUUCAGAUGAGAAAGGCUGCGAGGCUCGCUGUGCAGACGACCAGUUUCGCUGCCACAACAACCUCUGCAUCUCACUGAAGUGGCUGUGUGAUGGUCAAGAAGACUGCAAGAUGGGGGAAGAUGAGAAAAACUGCCAGGCCACAGUGGUCCCAUCAUGUUCUGUGAAUGAGUACGUAUGUGCCAGUGGGGGGUGCGUUUUAGCCAGCCUGCGGUGUGAUGGACAUGACAACUGUCUGGAUGGCUCUGACGAGAUUGGCUGUGUGAAGGAGUGCAGAGAGGACGAGUUUCUCUGUCUGAACCGUGCUCACUGUAUCCCUCGGCGCUGGCGCUGUGACGAUGUGUUGGACUGCAUGGACCACAGCGAUGAGGAAAACUGCAAUCAGGUUGCUUUCUUCUGCCGUGCUGAUGAAUUCAUCUGCAACAACACCUUAUGCAAGCUCCACACAUGGGUGUGCGACGGAAAGGACGACUGUGGAGAUAACUCGGACGAAGACAAAGACAUGUGUGCAAAACUUCCCUGCCCUCCUACAAGGCCAUUUCGUUGCAGAAAUGAUCAUGUGUGUCUGCGCACAGAUCAAGUGUGCAAUAAAGUGGACGACUGUGGCGACAAGUCAGAUGAAGAAGAGUGUGAGGUGGUGGCUGGCAGACCUCGGCCAUGUGGGAAGACCGAGUUUACCUGCAGCAAUGGGCGCUGCAUCCCCAUCCAGCUUCAGUGUGACCUCUUCAACGACUGUGGGGACGGAGGCUCAGACGAGCAAGACUGCAAAGCUUUUUCCAGCGGAGAUGUAUGUGGAAAGAAAACAAAUCCAUGCGGAGAGGAUACAGUUUGCAACCAGACGAAUGCCAAUGCUGUAUGUCAGUGCAAACCAGGCUUCAAACGGAACCAAAGAAAUGGCCUAUGUGAAGAAAUAAAUGAAUGUCUGCAGUUUGACGCAUGUCCUCAUUACUGCACAAACACUAAAGGAUCUGUUAAGUGUACAUGUGACCGAAAUUAUAAGGAGAUCAAUGGCAACUGUAUGGCAAAAGGACCAGAAGAUCGGGUGCUGUACAUAGCUAAUGAUACUGAAAUCCGAAGUUUUGUGUAUCCAUUUAACCAGAGCAAUGGACAUAAACUGCUCACUCACAUUGAAGAUAAUGCCCGCAUUAUUGGGAUGGAUGCUUUGUUUCAACACCAAACGUUCAUCUGGGCUACCCAAUUUAACCCCGGUGGACUUUUUUACAAGGAGAGCCUUGAAAGAAGUCAAACUAAAACCAAUGUCAGAAACAUUUGUCCAGACUUCCGUCGUCCAAGGGAUGUUUCUGCUGACUGGAUCACAGGCAACAUUUACUGGACUGAUCACUCUCGGAUGCACUGGUUCAGCUACUACACAGCCCACUGGACUAAGUUACGGUACUCCAUAAAUGUGGGACAGCUGAAGGGACCAAACUGCACACGACUGAUUACUGAUAUAGCAGGAGAGCCUUAUGCCAUUGCUGUCAACCCAGCCAAAGCGAUGAUGUACUGGAGUGUAAUAGGUGAUCACUCUCACAUAGAAGAAUCAGCGAUGGAUGGCUCUUUACGCAGAGUGCUCUUGGAAAAAAAUCUCAGGAGACCAACCGGCAUAGCCAUUGAUUAUUUCAACCAGCGUUUGUACUGGGCUGAUCCUGAGCUCUCACAGAUAGGAAGUGUGAGAUUAGAUGGCUCGGACCCUCUGGUGACAAUCAGCGACAGACACGGAAUUUCACAACCAUACAGGAUUGAUAUAUUUGAAGACUUCAUCUAUGGAACUGGGCUCAAAUAUGAGGUCUUCAAAAUUCACAAGUAUGGCAAGCAAUCUGUGGAAUUUGUCACUCUCGGUGUGGAAAAGCCCACUAAUGUUUUGAUCGCCCAUCGAUACAAGCAACAAGAUGUGUCAAACCCAUGCCUGAGAAUAACUUGUGAUUUCAUGUGUUUGCUCAACCCAACUGGAGCCAAAUGUACCUGCCCAGAAGGGAAAGUGCUAGUCAACAACACAUGUAGUGAUGUUAACAUUUCAGGUGAAUUGUGUCGCCCUCCAUGUGAGAAUGGAGGCCGGUGCUUAGCCAAUGAGAAAGGAGACUGGAGAUGCUACUGCUGGCCUGACUUUUCAGGGGAGCGCUGUGAGGUCAACCACUGCACAGACUACUGCCUAAAUGGAGGCACUUGCAUGGGCUCUCCCCUGGGUAAACCAACAUGCCGUUGUCCAGUCGGUUUCUCAGGUCCGUUCUGUGAGAAAAGAGUUUGCGACAACUACUGUUUAAAUGGCGGAACCUGCGACGUAACUCAGGGGAACCAGCCAGUGUGCCGCUGCAUGGCAGAAUAUACAGGAGACCGAUGUCUUUACCACAUCUGUCACCACUAUUGUGUGAACUCCAAGGCUUGCACUCUAUCAAGUAGUGGCUAUGUGGAGUGCGUGUGUCCUACCAGGUUUGAGGGAUACAAGUGCGAGGUGGACAAGUGUCUUCGAUGCCAUGGAGCUCCCUGCCUCGUUAAUGAGGAGACUGGAGAUGUGGUUUGCAACUGCACAAAUGGCAGAAUAGCACCCAGCUGUCAACUGUGUGAUGGAUAUUGCUACAAUGGAGGCACCUGUCACCUGGACCCUGACACCAACCUGCCUUUCUGUCACUGCACGUCAGGGUUCAAGAACCAACGAUGUGAUGAGCUGGCCAACCCCUGCGAUUACUUCUGUCAGAAUGAGGGGAUGUGCACAUUAACAGCUCUUAACAAACCACGCUGCAAGUGCUCAGCCAACUGGGCAGGUACACAAUGUGAGAGACCUGCUCCUAAAAGCAGCCGAUCAGAUAACACCAUUGGAGGGAGCAUAGCCAUCAUUGUGCCUCUGGUCCUGCUGGUCAUCUUGAUCGUGAUGGUGGUGGCAGGUGUUUUCAUCUGCAGAAGAAGACAGAGGGGGAAACGUGUCCAGAGGCAGCCCAUGACAAACGGAGGGAUUAACGUGGAGAUUGGGAACCCAUCAUACAACAUGUAUGAAGUGGAUCAUGACAACCAUGCUGACGCAGGCAGCCUGCUGCGACCCAACUUCACACUGGACCCUCACAAGGGAUGGUGUGUCAAGUCCAGUGAUCCUCGCACCUUGGGCAUCAAUUCUGUGCCCAAGGAGGUAAUCCCUGGACAGCCCAUGAACUACUCCAACCCAGUGUAUGCAAAGAUCUAUAUGGACACACAAAACUGCCGAAAGCCAGUCAUCAAUAUUGAUGAGAGGAGAGAGCUACUCCCAAAGAAACUAGAGGGGACAAUUCAUGAAACCGCCGCAUAGCCUAACUUUACACUUUGUACUCCUUUUUUUACUGCAGUGUACAAAUGUAUAAAAUGAAGGAAGAAACGAGAAUUUUCUAUUUCCUGUCAGUUAGGUUUGAUUUAUUUAGCGUCAGCAUAAUGUCUCUGUUGGUGUGCUGAAGAGUAUUGUUUUUAAUUUAUCACUUCUAAUGUCCAUCAAAAAUACAGUCCAUCACGCAGUGUUGUACUUUAUACUAUAUGCCACUGAAGUAAAGCUGCUGAGUUAUGUUUAUUAACACCGUGCACAGACACACACACAGCUUAAACCCUCAAAUGCAGGACUCUGAUUUUGACCCAUGUCUACUUCAUGUGCAAAUUAUGUUUGUUUUUUUGUUUUCUCAUUAAGAUAAUGACAAAAGUAAGUAUCUUGGAAAAAUUAUGUUUUGUUUGUAGUAACUUUGUCCUCACAUGUGAACGCGAUACAGAUCACAUUCAAGCUUCACAAAAUGAGGAAGGAAGCUUCAUGUUUAAUUUUAUUUGUUUUUUAGAUUUAUUGUUUUCUUUCUCAUAUGUUCCAGUGAGCAUCAUUAUCUCAAAUUGAUCACAGAAAUUCCAGAGCUCAUCUGUCAUCAGCUUCUUUCAUUUGUCUGUUUCCAUGGCAUUCACUUUGCAUUUGCCCCGCUGUGAUACUUACGAGUAUAUUCCGUACAAAUGCAGUGAGACAGAUGAAAGCCCACCUUGAAUGUCCUCAGAUCAGACACCCAGAUCUUGUACUGUACUCUGAAAUGAUAGACACUGAAUAUCAUAUUUUUCUAGGUCUCAUAUGUUGACAGAUGGAUUAAAUAUGUGGAACACAGAAUGAUUUACCACAGCGAUAAAAAUGGCUAUUCAUAGAGAUAUUAUGAAACCCAGCUCUUACUUCAGAAGAAGGUGAGACUGAUAAGAAGUUUUAUAAUUUUGUAUUUGAUUUGUAUGUUGUUUGGCUGCUUGUAUUUUGAAGAAAUGUAUUAAAUGUAAGUAAUUUUUAUAUAAACUGUAAAUCGAUAUUGAAUAAAGGGGGCUUAUUUCCA